CAUGACAGUAAUAAAUUAUAACCUAUUUUAUUUUCUAAAAAAAAAUUGGAAAUAUGAUAGUGAUAAGCAGUCCUUUUUCUUUCCAUAUGUGUGGAUAAAUCUUCCUCUAAAUCCAAUUUAAUUAAGACAUACACAAAAUGACUUCUAGACGAAGUAGAAUUAAAGGAAUUGCUAAUAUUCCACAAAGACGGAAACCAGUUAAUCAAAAAAAUGAAUUGGAAUCCAAACAAGUUGAACCAUAUGAGAAUGAAGAUGGUAAUAAUUUAAUAUCUAAAGAAUCCGAAGUAAAUAAUACAAAUAAAAAUUCAAUAGAUCCUUGUAAAGACUCGAAUCUUUCUAGCAAAUCCCUAGUUGAUAAUGUUUGUCAAAAUGAUGCAAUUUCAAAUGUAGCUGAGAUUAUAAAUGAAACUUCGGAAAAUGUUGUUAAUAAAAAUCCUAGUGAACACCAUGAGACUCUAAAGACUGCAGUUGAGCUUUCUGUGUUAGCUCAAACUUCUGGCAAUAAUGAUAGUGAUUUAAAUAUUAAAAAAUCUGAAGUGCAAUUAGAAAAACCAAAUAUAAAGGCGAAAUCUUUCCUAAAAAAGCAUUUUGUAAAGAUUCCCACGUCGGUGAAUAGCAGUCAAAGAAAAAAAGCUCAGUUUUCACAGGAAGAAAAGAAACAGUCAAUUUCCUGUCCUGUUGUUGAUAAUGAUGACCAACAUUCGAAGAAAAUUAAUAUUAAUCUGCAGAAUGAAUUGGAACAAGAUCAGAUUCAGAAAAAUGAGUGCACACAAGAUGUGCAAGUUUCAGAAGACGAGGUUUGUGUACCAAAUGUUGCAGAAAAUUCUUCUGAAAGCAGAGAAAAUAUUUUCCAAAAGCCAUUAUCUGUUACGAAUAAUGCUGCUCAAUCGGACACUGAAUAUAAUCUACCUCCACCUAGUCCUAAUAAAGUUAAUAGAGCAAGAAUUAAAGCCAUACCAAGAUUAGCUAAUCGGAAAGCAAGUUUCAGCGCCAGCGAAUCUGAAGAUGAAAAUAGAAAAAUAGAUAGAAUAAGAAAUGAUUCGGUAUGUUCAGUGACUUCUGUGGUAACCGAAUCGAUAACAGAAUGUUUGUCUCCUCAAAGAAAAAAGGAUACCACGGCGACGAUCCUUCCGAAAAGAUGUGGACGAUCAGAACAAACACGGAAGCUGGCCGAAGCUAGACGAGAAUUCAUAAGGAGAUUCGGAGCUAACAAACCGGAGAGAAACAGACUCACCAUGAUGGAUCUGAUUUUCUAUAAUCCAGAUUCGAAUCCAAUGACAAUCAGUGAGAAAGACGCCGCUGCCGCGGUUGAGGAUGAUCCAGAACCAUUAAAAAAUGUAGAUGACCCUGGAUUAGCCGACAAUGUAGAUAAUUCAUCCCCAACUGAGGAUCUCGCAAAAAGUGACGAAGAAAACGCCAUGCCCGUGCCACAAAUUAAAAUCGGUCCAUCAGGAGAAAUUAUAUUGGAUGAACAGAGUCUUGUAAUCGAGAGGAAAGAUCUGCAAAGACAAAGAGCUGAAAUGGAAAACACAAAAAUCGUAGACGCAGAUAAAUUCAAAACCGGCUACGGUAUUUACACAAGACAUCGACGUUCAAAAUUUUGGUCUCAUUUCGAAACGCUGCGUUUCUACAAAGCCUUAAACACUAUCGGAACGGACUUCAUGUUGAUGUGUGAACUUUUCCCGAACAGAGUUAGAAGGGAAUUGAAAAUAAAAUUUAAAAAAGAGGAAAAGCUGAACAGGCAACUAGUAGAUAAAGCGUUGAUGCAACCGUGCCAUUUUGAUUUCGAGGAUUUAAAGAACGAGAUGGAAAUGGAGGAAAUGGAAUUAGAAGAAUUGAGAAGGCAAAACGAGGAACAAAGGAAGCAAAGAGACGAAAAAGACCAAAAGAAACAAGAAAAGAUUAUUGAGAAGGCUAGAAAAAGAAAAGUCGAAGAAAUUUCCAAGAAACCAACACCUCCAAUCGAACAUGAGAUCAUUACCAAAGAACCCGAGAAAGUUAUACAUAAAAUUAAACCGAAGAAACCUAAAAAAGAAAAACUAUCAAUCAAAAGUUUCAUGUCAGACAGCGACGCUGACGAAUCAGAUUUGGCUACACAAAGUGAAUCCGACGAAGAUGUUUUCCUUUCUAGAAAGCCCACGAGAUCCGGUAGACUGCCUAAAGUUGUUCAACGAUACGAAGACGAGUCUUCUAUUAAUUAUGUGAUGAGGAAGAAUAAGAUUCCUAAUCAUGCGCAACCGGAUAAUGUCGAACCAGGUUCUAUAAUGAUUAUCACCGAAAAUGGACCGAACGGAGAACCAAUUUAUAAAAUAUAUAUGGUGACACCCGAACAAAAAGCGACCAGAUUGGAAUUAUCUUCUGAUGCGAUUGCUAAAGCUAUACAAUUAAAAGAAGGCAUGUCAGCGGAAAGCAUAAUGACAAUUUCAGCUAAUAUUACGGAUGACGAGGAAGAAUGUCCUCAAGAAAACAACAUCACUAUACCAGCAGAUGAAAACGUAACAACUCUUAAAAGUGACGUUAAUAUAAAUAUUCCCGAAGAGGUUUGUAGCGAAAAUAUCGAACAAUUUCCAAACAUGGAUUUAAUGUCAGAUUUAUCUACACCGGAAAUGUUGAAUUCACCAAUGUUGAUCGCAACGGAAGAAGAUAAUCAUCGUAAAGAAGGUCUAAUGGUGAUAAAUGAUUUUAAUGAGAUGUCGCAAAUAGUAUUGGAAGUUACUAGUGAUGGUACUUGUUUCAAAUUAAAUGAUGAAGAAGUGGCAAAGAAUGAAGAAAAUAGUGUUUUAGAUCCAGAAGAUGAAAUUAUAGUUAAUGAAAAAAUUGUUGAAAUGGAUUGCGACAGCUAAUGAUAUGUAAAAGGGAAUGCAUAAAAAAAUUGUACAUUUUGUAAGUAAUAUUUUAUAUUAAAUAAGAAUUUAAUAUAUUUAUAGAAGCA